UUUUUUUUUUUGUGAAAGAGAUUAAAUCCAUUUUAUUUAUUCUAAUUUGUUUUUUUAGCAAGUUUUUUUUGAAACAAAUUAGUUUGAUGCUUAGUCAAUCUAAUUGCAUUUUUCUAACUACAAUGAUUAAGCUUGUAACGAGAAUUUAUUUAAUAUUGUAAGCAAGGCGCUAGCUCCAUUUGCUCUUAGCAAUUUACCACCCACAUUGUAGUCCCAAGACUUUCCCUACUACCUUCUCAAACUCCCCUUUAGGCCCCCCCGGUCCUCUCUCUCUUUCUAUCUCUCCCUAGUCCCUACUUCACCACCAUCUUCACCAACAUUAACCACCAUCUCCCUCCAAUUACAAUGCAAUAAAUUUAUUUAUUUUUUGUUAAUUUUUUUUGACUGAUGUGGUUCCUGAGGUUAUCAAAUUUCAGCAAAAAAGGGUUUUUCUUUCUUGGAUUUCAUGAAUUUUCUACUGCAAAAGCUUCUGCAAUCAUCAAUCAAUUGCAUGUUUCUCCAAGAAUUAAUCUGGGUAGAAAUCAAUCUUAUUUAUCAACCCUUCAAGAGGCCAAAAAUGAUGUUGAGAAAUUGGGGUUAGCAAAGAGUUUAGCUUCUGUAGUUGUUGAGUCUUCACCUCCUGAUGAUGUUGAAGACACUAUAAGCAAAAAAAAUGGUAGAGUUAGGUUGAAACGGCUGUUCGAAACGCGAGUAAAGAAGAGAGUGAAGCAGCAGUAUAUGAAUGGGAGGUUUUAUGAUCUUUUUAUGAAAGUUGUUGCUGAUCCUAAGACCCUUUUGGAUGCUUACAAUUGUAUUAGAGUUAGCUCGAAUGUUGAUGUCACGAAAUUUGAGGAUUCGGGCAUUUGUUUUGAGUCUUUGGCCAAAGAGCUUGCGAGUGAAAGGUUUGAUGUGGAAGCGAAUACGUUUACUAUCUCGACGAAGGGUAGUGGUAGAAAGGAAGUCCUUGUCCUUCCUAAUUUGAAAUUGAAGGUAGUUCAAGAAGCAUUAAGAAUAGUUCUGGAAGUUGUUUAUAAGCCUCAUUUCUCGAAAAUUUCUCAUGGUGGUCGAAGUGGAAGAGGGCAUUUAUCAGCCUUUAAGUACAUUUGCAAGGAGAUCUCUGAUCCUGAUUGGUGGUUCACCGUGCUAGUAAGCAAGAGGUUAGAUUCUGUCGUACUGGCUAAACUAAUCUCGACCAUAGAGGAUAAGGUUGAGGACCACUCUUUAUGUGAGAUGAUCCGUAGCAUGUUUGCUGCUCAAGUACUCAAUGUAGAAUUUGGAGGCUUUCCGAAAGGUCAGGGCCUGCCUCAAGAGGGAACACUAUCCCCUAUAUUGAUGAAUAUUUACCUUGAUCUCUUUGAUGAUGAGUUCCACAGAAUGUCAAUGAGAUACGAGGCUCUUGAAUCUAGUUCCGAGCUUGAUGAAAAACAGCCUCAGUCAAGGUUGAGAAGCUGGUUUAGGAGACAAAUAAAAUGCAGUGCUGACAACUCCAAAAGUCAUGAGAAUUCUGGUCUUAGAGUCUAUUCUUGUCGCUUCAUGGAUGAAAUAUUUUUUGCUGUUUCUGGCUCCAAAGAGGCUGCAAUUUCAUUAAAGUCUGAGGUUCAGAAUUACUUCCAGAAUUGUCUUCAUUUAGAUGUUAACAGCAAUAUGGAGAUAGUACCAUGUAACUACAGCCAAGGUGUUCGUUUUGCCGGCGCAUUAGUUCUUAGAACCAUUAAAGACAGUCCAGCAGUAAGAGCAGUUCACAAAUUGAAGGAAAAGGUGAAAUUAUUUGCUUUGCAGAAACAGGAGGUUUGGGAUGCAGGGACAGUGAGAAUAGGUAAGAAGUGUUUGGGUCAUGGUUUGAGAAAGGUCAAGGAGUCAGAGAUAAGGCAUCUUUCUGAUAAUAACUCUCUUUUGAGCAAAAUAUCCUGCUACCGUAAGUCGGGCAUGGAAACCGAUCACUGGUAUAAGCAAUUAAUAAAGAUUUGGAUGCAAGAUGUAAAGACAAAUGCUGCAACCAGUGAAGAAUACAUCUUGUCCAAGUGCAUUGCUGAACCUGCACUUCCACCAUCUCUGCAGGAGUCCUUUUAUGAGUUUCAGAGACUUGUUGAAAAAUACAAUUCUUCUGAAACCGAAUCUCUUCUUUCCCUUUUGCCAAGUUCUGGGUUAUCUCCAAGAUGUGAGACCGUCACAAAGGUUAUAGCUCCUGUCAAUGUCAUUGAGAAACGUUUGUUACGCUAUGGACUGAUCAAUGAUGAAGGGUAUGCCCGUGCAGUUCGCGUUCUCAUUUUACAGGAUAGCAGCCAAAUAAUUGAUUGGUUUACUGGUAUUGUACAUAGAUGGAUGAGAUGGUACAGUGAGUGUGAAAACUUUGGUGAGUUAAAGAUUAUCGUGUCAGACCAAGUUAGGAAGUCUUGCAUCCGGACACUGGCGCUUAAAUACAGAAUUCAUGAGUCUGAUAUAGAAAAAAGUUUUGACUCUCAGCUGAGCAGGAUUUCGCUAUGCCAGGACGGAGAGUAUGGAAUAUGUGAAGAUACAUUGAAUUCUUGUACUCUUGAUCAUGAUAAGGCAUUUAUGUAUGGAACUUCUUACAGUGGGUUGUGCCAACUGUCUCUUGCCAGGAUGGUGAGCCUGUCCAGGCCAUGUAACUGUUUCGUUAUGGGUUGCUCAGCUGCAGCACCAUGUGUUUACAUUCUUCAUGUGAUGGAAAGGCAGAAAUUUCCUGGUUGGAAUACGGGAUUUUCAACUUGUAUUCACCCCAGUUUGAAUAAAAGGCGUAUUGGGUUGUGUAAGCAGCAUCUGAAAGACCUGUAUCUAGGUGAAAUAUCACUUCAGUCCAUUGAAUUUGGUUCAUGGAAAUGAGGAGGCUUUUCUAUAUAAAUGGUUACCCUUUUAACUGUCAGCUCAUAUUGAGAAGCAUAUAAAGAAAAUCUGGUUUUUGGGAACGCUUGAGCUUGAUGUCUUUCUAGAUGAUAAUGCGGCGUCAGCAUUGUUAGAUAUCACUAGGUUACGGCUAAUUUUUAGAGAUUGAAGGCAUUCUGACCCUUUGCUGGUGGUUGUCUUUGGUUCGUCUGAUGCACUCCUGCAUUUAAUUGCUCAU